UCACAUCAAAGAGAGAGAAAAGAAGACAUGUCCUGCCUGGGGGCUUUCACCGGUCUCUUCUCCUGCAUGGUCCUCCUCAUUGUCCACUCAUGUGAUGGCUCUGAGAUUAUCAAUGGGAAAGAAGUGAAGCCCCACUCGCUGCCGUACAUGGCUCUGCUUCAGACAACCAGACUAGAAUGUGGAGGGAUACUGAUCGAUAAAUCAUGGGUCCUGACUGCUGCCCACUGUAUGAAGCAUUCGAAAAUUAAGACUGUGUUGCUGGGGGUGCACUCCAUCAAGGCAAAUGAAGAGAAUUCCAGGCAGGUCAGAAAGGAUCCGAAGCAUUUUCCACAUCCUGGCUAUGAUUCAGAUACAAAGGUCAAUGACCUCAUGUUGCUCAAGCUUAACAAAUCUGUGAUGGAAACCGACACGGUGAAGUGUCUUAAGUUGGGUGAUGCCAUCAAAGAUCCAGCAUCUGGGACCAGCUGCUUGGUGGCAGGAUGGGGCCAAACAAGCGAGGAUGCCAUGGAAAUGUCCGACGUCUUGAUGUCCGUCAAUGUGAUUGUGGUCGACAGAGUGAAGUGCAACUCUCCUGCCUAUUACAAUAGACAUCCUGUGAUCACCAGCGGCAUGAUAUGUGCCGGUUCAACCGUGGAAAAUACAGCUGACACCUGUGGGGGGGAUUCAGGAGGCCCACUGGUGUGCAGCGGAGGGCUGGUUGGAGUCACUUCUUUCGGAUCCAAGUGUGGCCAGAUUGACAAGCCAGGAGUGUACUCUUAUCUCACAGAGGAAAAACUCAAAUGGAUCAAAGAGACAAUGAAGAUGACUGACAUUUAAUGAGCAUCAGCUUUUCUUUCUCUCAGCUGACUCUUUUACGUUUUGUUUUCCCUCCCAGCGUCGUGUUUUCUCUGGUUUCAGGGUCCUAAGAUCAGUGUUCAAAAAAAAGAAAAUCAUUUUAUAUGUUG